AUGGAGAGUAUUAGAUCUUCACGAGAACCGACUCCAAGCUCUGCCUACCAAGGUUCAAAAUAUCGGCUGAGUUGUAUCCGUCUCGACGCCGACCGCGACGAGUCCGAUACCAGAUACAUUUUAUACUUAGACUCGGCUUUGAAUCGUGCCGCAACGGUGACUGAACGCCGGCUAAACAACCCUCCUUCCGAGUUUGGGAGCAGAGAAGAGCUUUGUGCAGUGAAGAAAAUAGGAUUUGACGACACCACCGGCAGAACCAACGUCGUGAGCGUCCACGGUGGAAGGCAAGAUAGGAGAAGAGAGAGGUGGCCGUGGCGGUUUCACUCUCUGCAGAUCGCACUCUCUGCUUUCAGUGGAGGGAAGAUAGGAGAAGAUAGUAGUUUCACAUCGAUCAUCCCUGCUGACAUUGGUUCAUACCUCUACAAUGCAGCUUUCUUUACAGUUGCAGGCAAUAAGUUCCAUGGAGAAAUUCCUACAUCAAUUUGCAGUGCAUUUGUACUUGAAGUCCUUGAUCCAUCCAAUAACAAUUUGGAUGGCACAAUACCAAGCUGUCUAGGUAACUUCGGCAGUUCUCUGUCAGUGCUAAAUCUAGGUGGGAAUGGCUUGAAGGGAGCCAUGCCUCAGGUUUAUACAGAAUCAUUAACUAUACUUGUGUUCAACGGAAAUCAAUUAGAAGGAAAGGUGCCGAGCUCUUUGUAUGGUUGUCAAAAAUUGGAGGUUUUAGACCUGGUUAACAACCAGAUAAAUGAUAUUUUUCCGUUCAGGUUGGAGAAUUUACAACAACUGCAAGUUCUCGUCCUGCACUCCAAUAGGUUCUAUGGCCAGAUUAAACAUCCCCGGAUGAGGAAUGCCUUUCCAAUGCUUCAUGUGAUUGACCUAUCUUCCAAUGCCUUCGCAAGCCAGUUGCCCUCUGCGUACUUCCACACUUGGAAAGCAAUGAUGAAAGAGGAAGAUGAAAAUUCCGGACCAAAUUACCUUGGAGUCAAUAGGGGUUAUUAUGAGUUUCAGAGCUCAAUGAAGAUAACAAUGAAAGGAGGAGAGUUUCAACUAGAAAGGAUUCUAGAUGUUUUCACAAGUAUUGAUCUCUCCAAUCAUCAAUUGGAAGGGAAAAUCCCAGAGUCCAUAGGAGAGUUUAAUUCAUUGCAUAACCUGGACUUGUCUAGUAACAACCUCGAUGGCCCUAUACCAUCAUCACUGGAGAAUGCUUACCAGCUUGAGUCAUUGGCUCUCUCAAACAACAAGCUAUCAGGGGAGAUUCCUGUGCAGUUAACAAGUCUAACAUUCCAUUCCUUCUUGGACUUGGCAGGAAACAACCUCGAAGGAGCCAUACCUAGCGGAGGUCAAUUCAACACAUUUCCUCUAAAAUCAUACGAGGGGAACCCAAUGUUAUGCGGAUUUCCAUUAUCCAGGAAAUGCAGAGUCGAUGAGGAAGCAGAGGCAUCAACUCAUGAACGACUCUUGAACUCUGAUCCGAGAAUUGAAUUUGAUUGGAGAGUGGCAUGGAUGGGAUACGGGUGUGGGGUGGUGGCAGGGUUGAGUAUUGGCUACAUUCUAUUCUGGGGGAAUGGAAUCUUCGCCCAAACCAUUCCAAUAAACAGGCAGCAUCCCCAAUCAACAAGGAGGCGAAGGAGGAGGAUUUAA